GCGGCCGGUGCCCGGGGGCGGGCGGGCUGCACAGCAGCGGCCGGAGCCCGAGCCCGAGCCCGAGCCCGAGCCCGAACCCGAGCUUGAGCCGCAGCGGCCCUGGAGUAUGGGCGCCAGCGCAGUACGAUGAGGCAGCCAGAGAGUCCGGGAGCCUGAGCCCUUGUGAAGCCGGAAAUGACAAGUCUGAAUGGUCGCCAUGCCGAGAAAACCAUUGACAUGCCAAAACCUUCAACCCCCAAAGUGCACGUGCAGAGGUCCGUGUCCCGAGACACUAUCGCCAUUCACUUCUCAGCAUCUGGGGAGGAGGAGGAGGAAGAGGAGGAGGAGUUCAGGGAGUACUUUGAGGAGGGACUGGAUGACCAAAGCAUUGUAACAGGGCUUGAAGCCAAGGAGGACUUCUAUCUUGAACCCCAAGGUGGCAAUGAUCCUGUGGGCCCUGCUGCCUCGCCCAUCGUGGCAGAUGGACUCUCCGUAUCCCAGGCCCCUGCCACUUUGCCCGUCUCUGAGAACACUGUAAAGCUGUUGGAAUCCCCUCCCCCAGCAGCUCAAGUAUUAAGUACAGUGCCAUUGGCUCUGUCUCCAGCGCCAUCUUCGGGGCCCUUAGCCAGUUCUCCCAGUGUGUCAUCUCUUUCUGAGCAGAAAACCAGUUCCUCUUCCCCUUUGUCCUCCCCUUCCAAGUCUCCCAUCCUCUCCUCCAGUGCCUCAUCCUCCGCUCUCUCCAGCACAAAGCCCUUUAUGAGCCUGGUGAAGUCCCUGUCAACUGAGGUGGAGCCAAAAGAAUCCCUAUACCCACCAAGGCACAGACACUUGAUGAAGACAUUAGUCAAGUCUCUGUCCACUGACACUUCCAGGCAGGAGUCUGACACCGUGUCCUACAAGCCACCUGACUCCAAGCUGAAUUUGCACCUGUUCAAGCAGUUCACACAGCCACGAAACACAGGUGGAGAUUCCAAAACUGCUCCUUCUUCCCCACUGACUUCUCCCUCUGAUACUCGCUCCUUUUUUAAAGUGCCCGAAAUGGAGGCGAAAAUUGAAGACACUAAACGACGCCUUUCAGAAGUCAUAUAUGAGCCUUUUCAGCUUCUUAGUAAAAUUAUAGGGGAAGAAAGUGUCAGCCAUAGGCCCAAAGCCUUAUCUUCAAGUGCUUCAGAACUCUCCAACCUAUCUGGCUUGAACGGGCAUCUGGAAAGCAAUAACAACUAUAGCAUCAAGGAGGAGGAGUGUGACUCUGAGGGGGAUGGCCCUAGCAAUGACUCUAACGUCCCCAAGAGUGACCACUCAAAGUCCACCGAAGAACCUGUGAGAGAGGUGGAACCAAAACUUUCCCAGGCGAGCAGCCUAAAGGAUUUAGGCCUGAAAACGAGCUCUCUGGUCUUAGAGAAAUGUUCGUUGUCUGCCUUAGUGAGCAAAGAAGAUGAAGAGUUUUGUGAACUGUACGCAGAAGACUUUGACCUGGAAACAGAGGGUGAGGGUAGACUUGAUAAGCCCCUCGAUGUCCCUCUGAAGCCAGAGGUGCUCACAGAGGAUGGCACCAUUCUUGACAGUGAAGAGGAGGCGGACUUGACCACGCAGCACCCAGAAUUACCUGUGAAGACGUUGGGCUUCUUUGUAAUGUGUGUCUACGCAUACCUCAUUCUCCCCCUGCCCCACUAUGUGAGCGGACUCCUUCUGGGAGUUGGCCUUGGAUUCAUGACUGCAGUUUGUGUGAUUUGGUUUUUUACACCACCAAGUGCUCAUAAAUAUCACAAGUCACAUAAACAUCGGCAACACUGGAAUAUGAGAUCUUUGGAUAUCAAAGAACCUGAAAUAUUAAAGGGAUGGAUGAAUGAGAUUUACAACUAUGAUCCAGAAACUUACCAUGCAACUUUGACACAUUCAGUCUUCGUUCGACUUGAGGGUGGAACCUUAAGGCUUUCAAAACCCAAUAAAAACAUAUCCAGGAGGGCAAGCUACAAUGAAACGAAGCCAGAAGUCACGUACAUCAGCCAGAAAAUCUAUGACCUUUCCGACAGCAAGAUUUAUCUUGUACCUAAAAGUUUGGCUCGAAAACGAAUCUGGAAUAAAAAGUAUCCUAUUUGUAUUGAGCUUGGUCGACAAGAUGACUUUAUGUCUAAGGCUCAGGCUGAUAAGGAGACCUCUGAAGAGAAGCCACCAGCUGAGAAAGAGCUGGGAAGCGAGGACCCUAAGAAGCCGUCCCACCCUCAAGAGGGCACAAGAUCUGUCCAUCGAGAUCAGAUACUGUAUCUGUUUGGGAGAACUGGCCGAGAAAAAGAGGAGUGGUUUAGGAGAUUUAUUCUGGCAUCUAAGCUGAAGUCAGACCUCAAGAAGCCACCUGGUGUCUCUGGAAGUAAACCAGGGAUUUUGCCUACCCACAGCAGACACAGCAGCCCCUCUGGACACCUGACCCACAGCCGCAGCAGCAGCAAAGGCAGCGUGGAGGAGAUCAUGACACAGCCAAAGCAAAAGGAGCUGGUGGGCAGCAUACGGCAGAAGAUGCUUCUAGACUACACUGUGUACAUGGGCCGGUGUGUGCCCCAGGAGAGUCGGAGCCCCAACAGGAGCCCUGUGCAGAGUGCAGAGAGCAGCCCCACGGCUGGGAAGAAGUUGCCAGAGGCUCCACCCUCUGAGGAGGAAGAACAAGAAGCCUGGGUGAAUGCCUUGCUUGGAAGAAUAUUUUGGGACUUCUUAGGAGAGAAGUACUGGUCUGAUCUUGUAUCGAAGAAAAUCCAAAUGAAACUUAGCAAAAUAAAGCUCCCCUACUUUAUGAAUGAGUUAACUCUGACAGAGCUUGACAUGGGAGUGGCUGUGCCAAAAAUCCUUCAGGCCUUCAAGCCUUAUGUUGAUCACCAAGGACUCUGGAUCGACUUGGAAAUGUCCUACAAUGGAUCCUUUCUGAUGACUCUUGAGACCAAAAUGAAUUUGACCAAACUAGGUAAAGAGCCUCUUGUUGAAGCCCUGAAGGUUGGAGAAAUUGGCAAAGAAGGUUGCAGGCCCCGGGCAUACUGUCUUGCAGACAGUGAUGAGGAAUCUUCCAGUGCCGGCUCCUCUGAUGAAGAUGAUGCACCAGAGCCCAGUGCAGGAGACAAACAGCUGCUCCCAGGGGCUGAGGGGUAUGUUGGAGGUCAUCGAACAAGUAAAAUUAUGAGGUUCGUUGAUAAAAUUACCAAAUCAAAAUACUUCCAAAAAGCAACAGAGACAGAGUUUAUUAAAAAGAAGAUUGAAGAAGUCUCCAAUACACCCCUGCUGCUAACUGUUGAAGUACAAGAAUGUCGAGGAACCCUGGCGGUCAACAUUCCUCCACCCCCAACUGACCGCGUAUGGUACGGCUUCCGGAAGCCACCAUAUGUGGAGCUGAAAGCUCGGCCAAAACUUGGAGAGAGAGAAGUGACUUUAGUUCAUGUGACAGAGUGGAUAGAGAAGAAACUGGAGCAAGAGUUUCAGAAAGUUUUUGUCAUGCCAAAUAUGGAUGAUGUUUAUAUCCCUAUAAUGCACUCAGCCAUGGACCCUCGCUCUACUUCCUGCCUCCUGAAAGACCCACCGGUGGAGGCUGCUGAUCCGCUGUAAUGGGUGAAGAUUGGAUGUUCCCUGUAUUGAGACCUAGGUCAACAUAUGGGGUUCCUGGCUACCAUCUGUGCUGUGGCAUUGCCCUUUACUUGUGCCACAGCUACUGUCUCUUUAAGACUGCUUCUGCCCUCUGCCUGCUGGUGCCCAUUCCACUGUGAGGUGUCAUUCCCUGCUUCCAGUGACAGGUGUUUGUAUUGCCUGCUGCAAAGCUUGGACUUGGCAAAGGAAACUGAAGAAUCAUCAAAGUGGACCCAGAAGUUACACGUGAUUCACAUCGUGGCUUUUUAAAGUCUACCAGUUUUUGUGACAGCAAACAAGCACAGUCAGAGUGAAGCUGUACAACUGGAAGACUUCCCCUCACCUCCUGGACUCAUCCAAAGCUUUUCCUCAGGCAGCUGGUGCAUAAUGGAAAUUUUUUUCACUCUCCACUUUGUAAACGAUUGCAGUCCUCCAUGCUCCAAGAAUGUCAAUGUGGUAAUGUGUAUGGGAAAUGGAAUUCUGUGAGCUAUUGCAAUGGUGGUAAAAGAGAUACACAUAGCAACUUAUUUUUUUUCAUAUUAAGUUGUGCAUUUGGAAGCAAGUUGCCAUAGAACACACACAACUUUCAGCUGGGGUGGAGGCAGUGGGAUUCAUGUGAACAUUAGGCAAAGUCAUGAGAUCAAACCAUCCCAAGUCUUACCAUUGAGGCACAAUCAUCCUGCCUUUAAUCCUGAUUGCUUUCCUGAGACACAAGCAUAUAUGACAAUGACAAAUAUGAGUCCCAAGACCCAGAUUUCUGUGUGCUCUAGAAAGCUUCAAAUACGAAGGGGAAUCCUCUGUGGUUUGGAAAAGUUGUGGGCGGUUUUCUUUCCUGAUAGCCAAAAAAGAACCGCUCAACUGGUAGCUGAUUUUGAGUCAAGACCAGAGGUUUGCUUCCCACUAGACACUACAUAGCUCCAAGUACAUGUGACUUUCCUGUAAUGUUGCCAACUUAAUUUUGUGCAUUUGUGUCAGAAUGUUUAGUUUACAAGUUUGGGGACUCUCUACUUGUAUAAUUUGCUUUGAGAAGUAAAUACAAUUUUUUAUUGUUUAAAGCUGCAUUGAAUAUCAAAAUUACCUUGGGUAACUUGGUAAGUUACAUCUGUGGACAAAGCGAAUAGUGAUUUUUUUUUUUUUUUAAAAAGCACCUUGCCUGUCUUUAAAGAAAUUAAUAUAUUAAAAAGAUAUAUUUGAGCCCUUAUUUUAAUUGCACCAUUAAAACAUUUGACUUAAAUUACUUGACCACGC